AUGGCUGUAGCUAACAUUGUGGUGUCUCAUCAACACUUGACAGUCCGUCUGCUCUAUGCACUGCGGCCAUUCAUUUCUCUUAUGCCAGAAGUGACCUCGCCUGACCGCAAGGUUCAAUUCAGAGAAAAAGUCAUGUGGACUGCUAUUACACUGUUCAUUUUCUUGGUCUGUUCCCAGAUCCCAUUGUACGGCAUCAUGUCCUCUGAUUCAUCCGACCCCAUGUACUGGAUGCGUGUCAUUCUUGCUUCCAACAGAGGAACUUUGAUGGAGUUGGGAAUCACUCCUAUCAUUACCUCUGGCAUGAUUAUGCAGCUGCUUGCUGGUGCAGGUAUUAUCGAAGUCGACUACUCUAUCAAGGAAGACCGUGCCUUGUUUUCUGGUGCUCAGAAAUUGUUUGCCAUGAUUAUCGCUAUUGGACAGGCUACCGUGUCAGUAUGGUCUGGUGUCUAUGGAAAUCCUGCUGAAAUUGGAUCUGGAAUCUCUCUUCUUCUCAUUCUUCAGCUUUGCAUUGCCGCACUUAUUACCAUGCUUCUCGAUGAGCUAUUACAAAAAGGAUACGGUCUUGGAUCUGGCAUUUCUCUUUUUAUUGCCACCAAUAUUUGCGAAAACAUUGUAUGGAAGGCAUUUUCUCCUACCACCUAUAACACUGGUCGUGGCACUGAGUUUGAAGGUGCUGUGGUUGCUCUUUUCCAUCUCUUGUUUACCCGUAAUGACAAAUUUCGUGCCGUCAAGGAAGCCAUGUAUCGCUCAAAUCUCCCCAACUUGACCAACCUGCUCUCCACAAUCGUCGUUUUUGCUGCUGUUAUUUACUUGCAAGGUUUCCGGGUUGAAAUUCCAGUCAAAUCCAACCGUAUGCGUGGUCAGCAAGGCUCUUACCCCGUCAAACUCUUUUACACCUCCAACAUGCCUAUCAUGUUGCAGUCUGCUCUUGUCUCCAACAUCUUUUUUGUUUCGCAGCUGCUUUACAAGCGCUUCCCUGAGAACAUUUUCAUUCGCCUUUUGGGUGUGUGGCAAAAUGCCGAAGGUGUCCCUCAAGAGUUUGCUACCUCUGGUUUUGCGUACUACAUUUCUCCACCUAAAAAUGUGUCUGUGAUUUUUUCUGAUCCCAUUCACUUUGCCAUCUACGUUUCCUUUAUGCUGGGUGCAUGCGCUCUCUUUUCUAAAACCUGGAUUGAAGUUUCUGGCUCUUCUCCCCGUGAUGUUGCCAAGCAGCUCAAGGAUCAACAACUUGUUAUUCGUGGACACCGUGAAGGAUCCAUGUACAAAGAGCUUAAGCGCAUUAUCCCCACUGCAGCUGCAUUUGGAGGGUUGUGUAUUGGAGCUCUUUCUGUUGCUGCCGAUCUCCUUGGUGCAAUUGGGUCCGGUACCGGUAUUUUGCUAGCUGUGACGAUUAUUUACCAGUACUUUGAGAUUUUUGUCAAGGAGCAACACGAAGAAGGCGCAGUGAUGUUUUAA